AUGGCAGGCGUUCACGAUCCCGUGCUUGCGAAGCCCGCUGACGUGUGCUGCCUCAAGGGCGACUUGCACAAGGGCGAGCCCACUGGCAAGACCAUCCAGAUCGAGGGUGUCGAUACCUACGUGGCGACGCCCGACUCCAAAGCUGCCAAUGGCCAUGUUCUGCUCUCCUUCCCUGAUGCCUUCGGGCUGCACAUCAACAGCAUGCUGCUGAUGGACGCCUAUGCCGCUUGUGGAUACUUGACACUCGGUGUCGUUUACUUCUUAGGGGAUUCUGUGGGAAAGCACUCUGCUACGCCGCUGAGCGACCCCAACUUCGACCUUGGGGCUUGGGCGGCCAAGCACCUGACUGCAUCGGAGGACGUCGGAAGGGAAUGGGUGAAGAACGUGAAGGCCCAGUACGGGAAUGGAGGGAAGACAAAGUUCGGCUGUGUUGGCUACUGCUGGGGUGCGAGGUUCGUUUGCGUACAGUUGUCGGAUGGUGGCAUUUGCUCAGCUGGAGCCAUUGCUCACCCUUCUUUUGUGAAGGAGAGCCACGUACAGAACUCUAAGGGGUCUAUUGCUUUCGCCGUUCCCAGCACCGAUAACCUCUUCACUCCGGAGGCACGCGCCCGUGUGGUCGGAAUCUGCACCGAGCAGAAGCAGCGAUUCAACAUGCAAAUCUUCUCUGACGUCGGUCAUGGCUUCGCGUCACGAGCGCGCCUCACAGAUCCUUAUGAGAUGUGGGCAAAGGAGCAGCCCUUUAAGGGCUUCAUCGAGUGGCUCAAUUUCUGGAUCGCUCAGGAAUGA